AUGUCUCCUUCUGGGACCUUCACUCACAACGAUAAAAUCAUCCGAAUGCCAGGCGGUUAUUGGGUGGAGAGGCAAAAAGAAAAGGCUGGGGAACCAAAAAAGCCGUCGAGUAGCGGACAGCCAAGGACAACCCAAGACAACCCAAGGCAACCCAAGUGGAGGGAGGCGGAGGAAAUAGUGGAGGAGGUGGAGGGAAUAGUGGAGGAGGUGGAGGGAAUAGUGGAGGAGGUGGAGGGAAUAGUGGAGGAGGUGGAGGGAAUAGUGGAGGAGGUUCCAGCGGGUUCCCUGUCAGUUCCUGCGGGAUUUGACACUGGCGGGCGCUGGCGGGCGCUGGCGGGUGCUGGGUGUUUCUGAUUUCCGAAAUCUUUCAUGUAUCAGUCGCUGUGAGGAGGUGGUUGUAUGUAUGCCCUUAUCCCACGCGCCUCACAGCUCACGCCCCAGCGCGCACUGUGACUCGCUGGCCUCCGCGGCAAAGUGUGGCUGUGGUUGUGGCUGUGGUUGUGGCUGGAGUGGGAGGGAUGUGUGUGUCGAGUGUGGUGCCAUGAGGUGCAUGAUGGUUGUGUAGCGUAGGAGGGA